AGCCGAGAUCUCGGACAGACGAGGAUCAGUUCACACAGGAGAGACGGAGACAUGGACGUGAUUCAUCCACACUUCAGCGGGAGGACUUCCUUCAGCUUUCUUCUUCUGAUUCUGCUUCAGACGGCCACCGAUGCCCAGGGCAUCUGUUCUGCUCCUUUAACGGUGAACUUUCCAGAAAACAACAGGGUGGGUGAUCUCGUCCAGACGAUCGCAGUCGAACCAGCGGUGACCCUGGAGUUUAAACCUCCUGCAGACCCUGACAACCCUUUCCGUCUCGAAGGGAACAAUCUGACAGCUGCAAGGGUGUUGGAUUAUGAGACUGCCAACACUCAUGAAGUCAAUAUCAUCUGCAAGGCCGCAGAUUCCCAGCUGGAACUAAUUAUGAUUAUAGUUGUGGACAAUCUGAAUGAUAACCCUCCAGUCUUUGAUCAGGACACCUACCCUGUGAAUGUCAAUGAGCUGUCGCCUGUAGACACAUCCGUGGGCCGCUUCCCUGCAACCGACUUAGACGGCCUCACAAUCUACUACACACUGACGCCUGAAUCUAAUGGUUUUAAACUGAGAUCGCCCACCAAUCCAGAUCUCCUCGUUGAGACGCCUCUCGACUACGACAAAGUCAAAAAUGUCCAACUGAUAUUAUUUGCUCAGGACACACCAUUGGCACGGGCCAGUAGCAGUGUGUCAUUCACUGCCAGCACCACCAUCAUGGUCACCAUCUUAGACGUGGACAACAGGCCGCCGUGGUUCCAGCCCUGCAACAAGCACGAGGUCGGGGGGGCUGUGAUCUGCCAGAGCGACGGCUACACCACCGCGGUUGUCUUAAACGAACAAGAGACCGGAGUAUUACCUCUGAAACCAGGACCGCUGUACGCUGUCGACGGAGACUCAGGGAUAAAUGAGGCAAUGAUGUACUCAUUCUUGAAUGGAGAUGCUGGCGGUCUGUUUGCGAUCAACCCAAACACGGGGAACAUCACCAUGCUGAAGCCGACCGAUGUUUUGGAGACGAUCCAUCUGACAGUGCUGGCUGCUCAGAGGACGAACAGUUUUCAGUUUGCCACCACCAGCGUCACAGUCAAUGUGCAGGUGAAGAGUCUCCACCCUCCGAAGUUUCAAAGUCCUCAGUAUGAAGGUGUCAUCACCGCAGUGGGCGUCAUGGCGAUGGACCCGAAUAACAAGGACCAGCCGCUGCGGAUCCUCGCCACGGAUGAUGACUACACCGCCACUGGGGGUCUAAAUCCCCACAUCACUUACUACGUUGAUGGGAACAGUGAUUUCUCCAUCAUUGACGGCUAUCUGUUCAUGACAAAGGAUCUCCCAGAGGCCACAUUAUCUCUGCAAGUGGUGGCGAUGGACACGUCUAACGACGAAUCGGCUACAGCUCGGCUCACAGUGGAGGUGACAUCAGGCGGCUACGGGGUGGUGGACAUGGCGGCGCUCGGUGCAACCCUGGGUGUCCUGCUGUUCAUCUGUCUGGUGGUCAUUGUGGUGCUCGCUGUUCGCAUUCAUAAAGGGAAAGCCAACUGGAAAAAGAUCUACGAAGCCAGCAUGUUCCAAAGCAACUUGGGUCAAGGGUCAGGCGGUCAGAAGGACGGCAUCCAGUACACCAACGAGGCCUUCCAGAACGACGAAGACGGAGACAGCACCGGCUCCGGCAGUCCAGCGAGGGGAAGCGAUGAGGCCAUGGUGAAGUCCUCGGUGCCCCUGCACGCCCUCCCGCGCGACGACACCAGCCACGAUGGAUCGGACAACACCGACAGCGAGAAGGAGGUGAAACCCAUCCUGACCAAGGAGCGACGCGCGGAUGACGGGUACAAGUCGGUCUGGUUUAAGGAGGACAUCGACCCCAACGCCAAGGAGGAAGUGGUGAUUAUCCCGGACAGCAGAGAGGAAGACAGCGAGGAUGAUGAGGACGACGACGACGACGAGCAGUCGUCCACCGACAGAGAAGAAAACGGAGACGGCAUCCGGCGGAUAAAAACCCCAAAGGUUGUCUUUACUGAUGCCGAUCUGGACAGUGGACUCGGGGUGAAGAUGGAAGAUCCAGCAGAGGACUCCGAGGAUGACGACGUGUUGACCUCUGAUCUCUGAAACAGCGCCAAAGGGAGCGACGGGUACAUAGCGGGAACCACCCUCAAUGAAAUCAAAUGAUUAAUCAUCAGCAGUCUUGUAACCAUAGAUACAAAACAUAUUUAUAGCUCUGGUUGUAACACUCUGCCUUAUCAGUUCACUACAAAGGACCAGUGACACAGAAACAGGUCUGAAUGCACCUUAUGCAAAGAUUUUCUUUUUUCUUUUUUUUUUGUAAGGUCAAGUAAUUGGGAAUCUGGAAUUCAGAAGCUUCGCCUCGCGUGUUUAAAGGUUUUGAUUUUAAAUAAAAUGAACCUGUUAUCCUUUAUGUAAAUACUUUACAGUGCCAAUAAUUAAUAUAGUGUAACCUGAUUAAAGAUAUAAUAAUAUGUAUGUUCAUGUAAAAAUAAGAGUUGAGGCUACUCAAGAUCAGUGUAGUAGAAAUACGUUUCUGUGGACCCCUGGUGGUCCUUAGUAACAUUGCAGUUAUCAUCCAAGUUUU